UGGGGAAGCGACGAGCCGCCCGUCACCAUUACAGAUCCACUCUGGACAAAGCCAGCCUUAAAACGACGCUUACUCGAGGAAGAUGAGGGGCUUUCUGAUCCUCGUGUUCGUUUCCCAGCAUGCCUUGGCUGCAAAAGUGGAAGUGUACGAGGGGGCGGAGUCUGUGCUUCUGCCCUGCCGGGUAGGUUUUUUACUAGAGGACACCACAGUGACAUGGACCCGCCCUGACCUCGAUCCCAGCACCGUCCACAGGCGGCACGAAGACCGAGACGAGCCGGACGGUCAGAACACGCGUUACCGUGGGCGCACGGCAAUGAGGGCGAACGAGGCGGACCCCAAAGACCUGAGCCUCGCUCUGAGCAAACCCGAGCUGUCUGACACCGGAAGUUACGACUGCAUCAUCAGCAAGCAGAAAGACGUGCUGAAGCUGACCGACGUAGAGCUCCAGGUCAAAGUUGGCAUGUUGGAGGUGGAGGUGACAGAAGGGUCCGAGUUCAUCCGACUGCCCUGCCAAACGACAUCUCCGCUGCCUGCCGACACCGCCGUGGAGUGGAGCCGCUCCCAGCCCAUCCCCAUGAUUGUCCACGUGUUCCCGAACAGCAGCGCAGAGCUGCCGAAGAAACAGGACGAAUUCUUCUGUGGACGCACGCGCAUGCACGAGGACUCGCUGAAAACGGGAGACCUGAGUCUGACCCUGAAGUACCCGUCAGAGCGAGACAACGGCCACUACGUCUGCACCGUCAACACGGGCACGGACGUGCUGAGGCAGAAAGUAGCCCUGCAGCACGUCAAAAGACCGUUUCCCACCUGGGCCACGGCUUUCCUGAGCAUCAUGGCCAUCGGUCUGGUUGCUGGCGGAGGUUUUGUGGCAUAUUUCUGGUAUUAUUUUAAGAUGGUCUCCACCACGGAGGUGGAUGAAGGGGCGGAGUCUGUUCACCUGCAAUUUAAAACCACACCUAACCUGCCAGUCGGUGCUACAGUGGUGUGGAGGCGCUCCAGGCUUGGCUUCAAACUGGUCACAGUUCAUGAGUACUCAAACGGCGAAAGCAAACCAGGCGCGACAUACAUGGACCGUACAGAGAUGGUGGAGGACCCGCUGACAUCAGGAGAUCUCAGUCUGACCCUGAGGCGACCGCGAAGACGAGACAGCGGGAUCUACGUCUGCACCCUCUGCAGGGGCAAAGUCGUGCUGGAUGAGAAACGACUGAGGCUGGAAGUCAAAGUCCCUCAGGUGAAGGUGUCAGAGGGGGUCGAUGCUGUGCUGCCCUGGAAAACCUGGAUCCCUCCUCCAGAAAACGCCACUGUGGAGUGGAGCCGUCAUGAGCCGUGGCCCAUGAUUGUCCAUGUCUAUCAAAGCGGCUCGAACUGUCUGGAGAAGCAGACCUGGUUGUACCGUGGCCGCACAAAGAUGGAGGACGAAGAUCCUCGUACGAACAGAAACCUCAGUCUGGUCCUGCACGAGCCCACGGUGCUCGACAGUGGCGAGUAUACGUGCACCAUCAAAGAGGAAGAGCGAGUCGUGAGGACGAAGAGUCUGAGGCUCCAUGUCAGAGAUUUCAAUCACGUCUCUGAUGAUGAAGAACAUGGAGAAAAGACUCCUUUGAUCAGAUAUCGUGGGCCCCGGUCUGUCUGAUCUCUGGCUCCCCCUCAGGUCCUCUCUGUGAACUGCGCUCAGUAUCAAUCAGCAAAGAAAGAUUUUAAAAGUCCAAACGAAGGAAAGGAGGAAAUAAGACGACGGGAUUCAAAGGUUUUUAAACGUCAUCCAUUUUUAAAGUAUUUCAGACGACAGAACAUGUUUGUUUCUCAGGACCCACAUGAUAAAAAGUGUUUAGCUGUCAUGAAGCAGGCGUUGGUUUGUGGCACGUCUGUGGGGGAGACCGACGCACCGCCGCUCCAUCAUGUAUACGAAGAAUGAACUGGGUCCUGAGUUGUUGUUGUUCUGUACGUGUUGCUAAAAGCUGCAGCCCAGGGGUGCUGUAGCAGCAACCGGGAAAUAAAGUGUGUCGAGUGUGAAA